AUGUCCAGUGCACAAGCCUACGACCCAUACAACCCCUUCAGCGAUGACGCUGCAAGAGAACUCCACCCUCAAGAUCCGUCGCCCUUCAAUGCGCAGCCACACCAGGAGGAAGGCCGCUCCAAGCUGCAGAACCUUCAGUCGACGCUUGACGACACCGCCGGCAUGAUGAGGGAUAACAUCCAGGCCAUCAAUGAGCGGGGGGAAGUGUUGGAAGAUAUUGACAACAGGGCAUACACGCUCCAGAAUAACGCCUCGCUCUUCAACAAGUCCGCCAACCAGGUCCGUAAAGACAUGUGGAAGAAGAACCUCAAGUUGAAGCUCUGCGUCGCCCUUGUCGUCAUCAUUAUCAUCAUUGUUAUAGUUGUCCCCUUGGUUGUCCAUUUCAGCAACUGA